GCCGAAAAGCGGAUCCUCUCUAUAAUUCAGGCAGCGUGCAAAGUGCGUGCUGUUUCGUUUACUGUUCACCCUAUCAGGUUGGGUUAGUCAGAAAGUAAGGAAUUGUGAUCACAAUCUCAGUUUCUCUGGCGUCUCUCCUCUGCGUCCGUCCCCUCCUUUUCCUCCGCCGGCGACGUUACUCUCUCUCUCUCUCUCUCUCUCUCUCUGUGACACCCAUUUUGCUGUAUAGUUCAUAUCCUCUCUCCUCAAAAAUCAAUCCUUCUUCAACCCAGAGCCUUCACCUGCGCCUUUAUCCUUAUCUGCUAAAACAAUCCACCUCUGUUCUCAAAACCCCUUUCCUUCCACGCAAAACUCCCAUACUCCCCUAUUCGCUCGCUUAAUUACCAUCCUUAUGCUCUCCCCCCUCCCAGGAUAAAGCAAAUUCAAAUGGACGUUUUACCGGGCCCCACUUUGACCAUCGACGAUGAUUCCCCGCCGCCGUUCGUCUGUGAAAACCAAACGGACGGGUCGGUUCUCCGGGUUAUGGAGCCGCCCCAGUUUUUUGCGGCCGAUGGUUCAUCCGGGAGUUCGUCCUCCAUCGGAACUCCAGAUGAAAGUGGAGAAGAUGAUGAAGAAGGCAGUGAGGAGACGCAGAGCAAGUUGAAUCGAGGAAUAGGAUUAGAUUCUUGGGAUUCUUUAGAGGAGUCGCUUCCCACCAAGAAGGGAUUGUCGGGUCACUUCGAUGGAAAAUCAAGGUCUUUCACAGAUUUGAGCCAAGUGAGGUCGGUGAAGGAGUUGCAGAAACAAGAGAACCCAUUCAACAAGAGAAGAAGACUUCUCAUGGCGUCAAGGUUGUCUAGAAGAUCCGCUUUCUACAGCUGGUCUAACCCCAAAUCCAUGCCUCUUUUACCCCUCCAUGAAGAAGAAGAAGAAGAAGAAAAAUGUAGAAAGCUAGCCGCGUCACCGUCGUCGCUAUCCUCCUCUUCCUCCUCCUCGUUAACAGAGGAAAAGAAACAAGAAGAUCAAAUACCGCUGCGACGGCGACAGAAGACGGCACCACCAGAAUUGACGAGGCUUCGACCAGCUGGGAGCUUCAGGCUAAGGAGCUUUUCACUUGCAGAUCUUAAAGAACAUGACGACGAAGAAGAAGAAGAAGAUGCUUAACAUGUGACGUAUUUUGUUCUUAGCAGCAAGCGGGCACUUUUCAGUGUUUUGGUUUUAGAGUUGGAUCCAAAAAAUGAAGCUUCAUGUAAUGACACGAGUAGUAUGAUGCGUAUUUCUUGAUCUUGAUUCCUGAGUUGCGUAUUGGCAUUAGUGUUCAAAAGAGAGAGAAGAGAAGAAACACAAGUUGAUGGA